AGCAACGACUCAGCCUCAAUCUUCCUAAACGAAUCUCCAAAACGCCAAUAUGACAAAAUCCGCCUCUUUCGAUGUGAUAGGAACAUGUUUCGCCUUCGAUGUCCCUAUAUCCACCAUCCAUUCCCGUCUCGGCCCUAAACUUGUAACCGCGGCUGUGGACCCCAAAACGCUCUUCUUCUCCUGGUUCUAUGCUGCUCAACGUGACUUCACCUACGUCUCCAUGACCGGUGCCUACGUUCCCAUCGCCCAGGUUCUCAAGUCUACGUUCCGACGCGCAUGCGCCGUUGUCGAUCUACCCGUCGACGCCGUCACCGACGAAGACUUGGAAGAGAUCAUGAAAGCAUUCAAGGCCAUGAAGCCGCGCGAAGGGCUGAAAAAGUGUUAUGAUGGACUGAGGGAAGCGGGCUGGGAUGUCUAUGGUGUAACAAAUGGAGGGUCAGAGACCUCUUUGAACUACUACCGUAACGCGGGCAUUGAAUUGGACGAACAGCAUCUACUCAGUUGUGAUGCCAUUCAAGUUGCAAAACCAGAUGUACGCGUUUAUGAGAAUGCGCAGAGGCAUUUGGACGAAAAGGUGAAGCAUACUGGUUCUCUGGGAAAGGGAGAGGGUGCGAGAUGGUUCAUCGCGGCGCAUGCGUGGGAUUUGAUUGCAGCCAGGAAGGCUGGAUUCCACACUGCGUAUCUGGACUUUGAGGAACAUGACCCUUGUACAGAUGUUUUUGGGGAAUUCGAUCUUUACGCGUCUAGUAUGGAAGAGUUGUUGGUCAAGCUUAAGGAUUGGAAAGCAGGUUCUUAGCGGAGUCUUGUUGUUGUGAUGAUAAUUUUUCACGAUCUUCCUCUAAGAGCUAUGGUGCAUCAAAAAUGUCUGGGCCGAAGCUAGGUAUGCAACGUGUGAACUGAACAGGUCCCAGAACGCCCCGUGGAGUCUACAUCCGCAGAUAUGUCCACCUAGAUCCACAUCGCUCACAAUCCAUGCGAAU